UUUAAGAAUUUGACAUUUAACAUUGUGUUGCUCAUUCGGAGCUUAUAGCAAUAGAAGAUGUCAAUUAACGACACGUUAUUGAUAGAGUGUGUUCGUGCGCAUCCCGAAAUAUACGACAAGGGACAUGCCGGAUUCAAAAAUUCCGGCAUAAAAGACUCCGCAUGGAAGAUUGUUGGCGAAACAUUGAAUGCAUCAGCGACAGAUUGUACGGCCAGGUGGCAUACUCUUCGCGAGAGAUUCGCGAAAGAAAAACGUAUUUUUGAGCAGGAGGGGAAGUCUGGAGCAGCAGCCUCAACCCGUCCAGAAUGGGCCUUAUAUAGUGUUAUGUCAUUUCUGACACCGCACAUUAGGAAGAGAAAAUCUGUGGACAAUUUUCAAACAAAGGCGUUGGUAUCAAGAGACACGGUAGUGUCUCGCGACCACCAGUGCUCCUACUCCACCACUAUCAUCACCACCUUCAAUUAA